GGUGUCCAGCAGACAUUGAUUAUAAAAGGGCGUUACUUAACAAAGAAAACGCCUUCCCAUUUCAUGCUUUCAGCAAUGGCACCACAUGGAAGAGAAAUGUCACAAGGCCUGAGAAAGAAAAUAAUUAAUUUACACAAAAAAGGUGAAGGCUACAGGAAGAUAAGCAAAGCUUUACUUAUCAGUCAUAAUACUGUAGCAAAACUGAUACAAAAACUUAACAAAGCUGGAACUGCAACCAUCUCACAGAGACGUCCAGGCAGUCCACGGAAGUUAACACUCAACAGGAACAUCUUCUGAUGAGAAGGGUUGAAGAAAAUCGCCAUUCAAGUUCACUGCAG